ACUACGCGUCGCGUGUCAGACGGGUCCGCGGGAGGGCGGCUCGCGUGCAGUUUACCCCACUUCGCGUGCUUGUCACCUCGCCUCACUGCAUCUCGUCAUUUCGUCGUUUCGUCUUUGCGUUGUCCAGCCUGGUGCCUUCAGCCUGGCGGUCAACGAAACGACAGCCACAGCAAAAUAUUAAUUCAUUCAAAACAUCGCGAUCAAUACAAAUUUUGGUGAAGCCCAUAUUUUCUAGCGUAUCGCGUCGACCAGCGUCGUACGCAUACAUCAUCCAGCCAGUCCAAAGAUCUCACUGAAGCCAUUCAAACGAUGUCCGCACCUAGAGGUGGGGGUGAAAGAGGUCGAGGGGGUUCCCGAGGUGACCGCGGAGGCGGCCGUGGAGGUGGAAGAGGUGAGUUCGGAGGUCGAGGAAGAGGAGAUGGUGGGUUUCGUGGAGACAGAGGAGGUGGAUUCCGUGGAGAUAGAGGAGGCGGAUUCCGUGGAGACAGAGGUGGUGGUUUUCGAGGCGACCGAGGUGGCGGCUUUCGGGGCGAUAGAGGCGGAGGUCGUGGUGGUGGUGGAAGAGGCGCGCCGGUAGAGAACCAGGUUUUUCCCAAUGCUGAACCUCUAAACCCGAAGGUCGCGAAGACUGAAGAUGCUAUGCAUCCGGCUGGGAAGAAGGUGCUCGACCUGAGUACUUUGAAGUUGUCGGAAGGCAAUCCAACUAGGCCCGGAUACGGCACUAAAGGCAUAAAGGUGGAGCUCACUGCCAACUAUGUCGAGUUGCUGCCACCAUCGAAUAUGGUCUUGCACCGGUACGACGUCGACGUCCAACCCGAAGUCGCUGGUAGGAAGCGUCAUAGGGCACUGGAGCUCUUGCUCGAAUCUCCUGAGAUGACUCCUCACAAAGGCAAUAUUGCGACUGAUUUCCGUCAAACACUUGUCUCCAAGACAAAGUUCAAGCAUGAUGAAGACAUCAUCGAGAUCCAGCACCGCUCUGAAGGCGAAGACGACCCAGCUCCCAACGCUACCGUAUACAAAGUUAGAAUCAAGUUCGUCAGGACUCACAGUAUCGGCGAACUGGUGAACUGGAUGAACUCAACCAACCUUGGUCAAGAUUUUGGUGGCAAGCAAGAAUUGACCCAAGCGCUGAACAUUUUCUUGAACCAUCAUGUCAAGUCCGCAAACAACCUCGCCACGAUCGGUUCAUCAAAGAGCUUCUCCUUAAACCAGAAUGCGACAAGAGGUGAUCUAGGUUAUGGCUUGGAAGUCAUUCGUGGCUUCUUCUCCAGUGUGCGCGUCGCGACUUGUCGCAUCCUGGUCAAUAUUAACGUCAGUCACGGAGCCUUUUACCAAGCCAGUCCUUUACCAGCGCUCAUGGACAGCUACGGCACCCGAAACACUCGCGCUCUAGAGAAGUUCCUCAAGAUGGUUCGCGUCCAGACAACUCAUCUCCCUGAGAAACGUAACAAAGCUGGUCAGGUCAUUCCGCGUAUUAAGACUAUCUUUGGACUUGCUAGGACGGACGAUGGGCACAAGAUGGGUAAGAGACCACGCAUCAAGGGGCAUGGUGUAGGUGCCAAGGAUAUUGAAUUCUGGCUUGAUGGUGAUGCAAGCUCUUCUGGUGCACCCAAAGCAGAAGCAGGCGCCUCAAAGGGUAAGGGUAAAGGGAAGGCUCAGCCUAAGGGUCCAGCACCUUCUGGAUCGGGCAGAUAUAUCACUGUGUUUGACUUCUUCAAGACGACAUACAACAUCACCCUCAAACGCCCUGAGCUUCCCGUAGUCAAUUGUGGCAGUCGGGAAAACCCGAUGUUUCUGCCUGCAGAGGUCUGCGUUGUCGUUCCAGGUCAGCCAUCCAAGGCGAAGCUUGAUUCACGCCAGACACAGGCGAUGAUCGGCUACGCUGUACGCAAGCCGUGGGAGAACGCAAAAUUCAUUCUCAACGAAGGUGUAUCGACCGUUGGUUUGGACGAGAAUACCAACGUCCUGCUGCGUUCUUUCGGACUCACGAUCACUCCCGGUCUCCUCAAAGUUCCUGGACGCGUUCUCAACGGCCCAAAGGUUAUCUACAAGAACAACAAGACUGCCGAUCCACGUUUCGGCAGUUGGAACAUGAUCAACAUCAAAUUCAAUACCGGUGCUAAUCUAGCGAAAUGGUCAACCGUCAUGAUUUCUCUACAGAACAAACGUGACUCCUUCGACCUCGAUGGCCUGGGUAUGGUCAUGCAAGAGUUUCAUCAAGGAUUGCUCAAGAUCGGUGUCAAUGCUCAGCCGCCACUUCCCGCGCAGCCUCUUCUGCUUAGGGACCCAGACGACGCUUCUCUUGGUCCAUUCCUCAAGAGAGCGGCCGGUGCUCUAGAUCUCCUGUUCAUUGUGUUGCCAGAGGCUAACAUACCUUUGUACAAGCGCAUCAAGACGCUUGCAGACAAAGACUAUGGUCUUCAUACUAUCUGUUCUGUGGGCUCCAAGCUGGCGAAGGAUCGCGGUCGCGAUCAGUACAUUGCUAAUGUCGCUCUGAAAUUCAAUUUGAAGCUUGGAGGUAUCAACCAGACCGUCGAGAACAAGAACUUGGGUAUUAUUGAUCAGAACAAGACUAUGGUGGUCGGCAUCGACGUCACUCAUCCCUCGCCUGGCUCGGCUUCUAAUGCGCCAUCUGUCUCGGCAAUGGUCGCGUCCGUCGACAGGUUCCUCGGUCAAUGGCCCGCUACGCUUCGUAUCCAGCGCGGAAGACAAGAGAACGUCGAUGACCUUGCUGAGAUGUUGAAAUCCCGUCUCAACCUAUGGAAAACUAAGGGCAAGCAUCCGGCAUUUCCGGAGAAUAUCCUGAUCUACCGCGAUGGAGUAUCAGAAGGACAGUACGAUAUGGUUCUCUCACAGGAGCUUCCGCAAUUGCGGAAGGCAUGCGAGGCGGUCUAUUCAGCACCCGACACCAAGAAAGGACUUCCACGCUUCACCAUUGUCAUCUGCGGUAAGCGACACAAGACACGGUUCUACCCCACCAAGCUGGAAGAUUGCGAUCGCUCUGGCAACACAAAGCCUGGUACCGUCGUUGAUCGAGGUGUGACUGAAGCCCACAACUGGGAUUUCUUCCUCCAGGCACACGCUGCACUUCAGGGAACGGCUCGUCCUUGUCAUUACUACAUCGUACAUGAUGAGAUCUUCCGCCAAAUCUAUGCGAAGCAGAUUCCGCCGCAAUUUGGCAACAUCGCCGAUAUUGUCGAAGACCUCACGCAUAACAUGUGUUACUUGUUCGGUCGUGCGACUAAAGCUGUGAGCCUCUGCCCACCAGCUUACUAUGCUGACCUGGCUUGUGAACGUGCUCGUUGCUAUCUGGCGAAUUUGUUCGAUACGCCGACGCCGAGUGCAGCACCUUCUAUGGCUGGAACUGAGGCGGCUGGGGGCGCGGGGCAGGAUCCGACUGCGGCUGAUGUACAAAUCCACCCCAGGAUCAGGGAUACCAUGUUCUACAUCUAGGUAACGAACUCGUGGUCGUGCCACGUUACGCAAGAAACAGUAAAGCUGUUUCAAACUCUAAUCAUUCGCUUUAUAUCAUUAGACUGAACACAUCAUUGCCAUACGGAAGAAAGCCUUCAACUGGCGGGUUGUACAGAAAACAGGUAGAAGACCUGAAGAAGGAGAGAAGUGGUAGUUGGGUAAGAGAAGAUAUUGGGAAACAAAUUGAGAGGGC